CCCGGGCUGUCCCGCCCCCGGCCCGCGUCGGGCGGUCGUCCGGCGGGAAGGGGUGGCCGCUCUGGCAGGAUGGCGGCGGCGGCAGCCGCGGGUCCCGGCGCGGGCGCGGGGGUCCCCGGCGCAGGUGGCGGCGGCGGGGCUCGCGAGGGCGCGCGGGUGGCGGCGCUGUGUCUGCUGUGGUACGCGCUGAGCGCGGGCGGCAACGUGGUCAACAAGGUGAUCCUGAGCGCCUUCCCGUUCCCGGUCACCGUGUCGCUGUGCCACAUCCUGGCGCUGUGCGCCGGGCUGCCGCCGCUGCUGCGCGCCUGGCGCGUGCCGCCCGCGCCGCCCGUGUCGGGCCCCGGACCUGGCCCGCACCCGGCGUCCGGCCCGCUGCUGCCGCCGCGCUUCUAUCCGCGCUACGUGCUGCCGCUCGCCUUCGGCAAGUACUUCGCGUCGGUGUCGGCGCACAUCAGUAUCUGGAAGGUGCCGGUGUCCUACGCGCACACCGUCAAGGCCACCAUGCCCAUCUGGGUGGUCCUCCUGUCCCGGAUCAUCAUGAAGGAAAAACAGAGCACCAAGGUGUACCUGUCCCUGGUCCCCAUCAUCAGCGGAGUCCUACUGGCCACUGUCACAGAGCUGUCUUUCGACGUGUGGGGGCUGGUCAGCGCCCUGGCAGCCACACUGUGCUUCUCCCUUCAGAACAUCUUCUCCAAAAAGGUGUUGAGGGACUCAAGGAUCCACCACCUGCGGCUGCUCAACAUCCUGGGCUGUCAUGCCGUGUUCUUCAUGAUCCCCACGUGGGUUCUGGUGGACCUCUCCACCUUCCUGGUGAGCAGCGACCUGGCCUAUGUGUCUCAGUGGCCCUGGACACUGCUGCUCUUGGCGGUCAGCGGAUUCUGCAACUUUGCACAGAAUGUCAUCGCCUUUAGCAUCCUCAACCUCAUCAGCCCGCUCAGCUACUCAGUGGCCAAUGCCACCAAAAGGAUUAUGGUCAUCACCGUGUCCCUCAUCAUGCUUCGCAAUCCAGUGACCAGCACCAAUGUUCUGGGCAUGAUGACUGCCAUCCUGGGUGUCUUUCUGUACAACAAGACCAAGUACGAUGCGAACCAGCAGGCUAGGCGCCACCUCCUUCCAGUCUCUACAUCGGACCUGAGCAGCAGAGAGCACCUGAGGAGCCCAAUAGAGAAGCCCCACAAUGGUGCACUCUUCCCCCAGCAGGGGGACUUCCAGUAUCGCAACAUCCUCCUCACAGACCAUUUCCAGUAUGGCCGCCAGAGCCACCCGAACUCCUAUGCCCUCAGCCGCCAUGAUGUGUAGGUGCCACCAGGCCAGGCCUCCUGCACCACCUCCCUAAGCCCAGCAGCCUGGCUGAGCAUGUGGCAGGCCAGCAGGGGAGCCCUAGAUCCUGAUGGGCUAUGGGAUGUGACCACAAUAUGGACAGCCACAGGCUCUGGGCAGAGGGAGCGCCAUAGAGAGAUCCUGGUUCACUCUGCUGCUCAGAGGCCACGUUCUGCAUUGGUGCACAGCGGUGCCCUCGGUACAUUGCAGAGGUCUGGUCUGAACUUCUGGUGACAAGGACCCACUCUGCAGAACUGGCAUCACUGUGGCUACGGUCCUGGAAGCCAGCAGAGGUGGCAUCUGGGUCAUCAAGGAGAGGACAGCGGGACUGUAGUCCAGAGGUCUAGAGAGCAGGAACAGGUACCAUUACCUGUCCCCAGCAACAGUGCUUCAGGAUGUCCUAAGGCAGUUGGCCACUUGCAGCUAGUGCUGAGCUGGGGUGGACUUACAGUGACCAUCGGUUCAUUAGCCAUUGGUGUGACCUCCCUCUGCCUUGUGGGUGUCAGAGCAGAACACAACCCUCCACUCCAGGCCUGAUUGGCCCUUGAACUCUAGAAGAGGUGGCCAGUGUUAACCUUGGUUGCAUCCUCACCCUUCUGAUGGCACAGAAGGCCAGGUGAUGGUGUUGACAAUUUCCUUAGGACCUCAAGAAGUUUCUUUGGGGAACAUCUUGUUGGCUAUGGUAACUUUGGAGCCUAGGUCCUGGCAGGCACUGCACCAGGGCUAGCCAAUAGGUGGAAACAGUCUUGACUCAUUUCAAAUAUGGGAUAUUUGUUGUUGGAACAGUCCCUUGGAGCUCUGUGGUAGCAGGUGAUGCUGAGGUCCUGAAGCUGCAGCUGGAAUAGCAGAAGGUGGAAUCCACACACCAAAUACAGCGUCGCUUGUUGGUGAGGGGAUGGUAUGUGGGUCAGGAUCUGAACUGUCCCAGUGGACGGGACAGCUGUGUCCCAGUGGUUGAGACAGCAGGCAGGUGUUAGUUCUUUAGCUCAGAGUCACUUUAAGGCUGGGUUGGUAGCGUGCCUGCCUCACAUGCAUUCGUCAGAGGCUUCUGUCCCAGCGUCACAGGAAGCAACAGUGGUGCAGGCCUGCCUUCCCAGCACUCUGGAAGCAAGGUCAGAGUCCUUAGACCAGCCUCAACUCCAUGAGAGCUUAUCUCAAGAAAAAGAUCAGUUUUAGGGACCUGGCCUGGUGGCAUACAUCCAGGGGCUGAGCCAGGAGGAUGACCAUGAGUUUGAAGCCAAUCUGGGCUACAUAAUGAGGCUGUCUCAGAAACAGGCAAAAAGUUUGGAGGCUCAUCCUGGUGACCUACACCUAUGGUUGGUUGUAGCUACUUAGGAAGCCAAGGCAGGAGGCUCUUCCAAGCCUGUGAAUUCAAGGCCAGUGUGGCAAUACAAGGAGAACCUUUUGUAAGCAGAGGUGUGGGUUCUGGUGUGGGCACAGCAGGUAAAUGGUGGGACCCAAGGUUUGUGGCAUGUCUUCUUUGGCAGUCGGGCCUCAGGCUUAGUUUGGGGUAUCUGUAAGUUUGGGUUUUUGUUUGUUUGUUUUUGAGACAGGGUCCCAAAAUAUGGAC